CGGCGCCCUUCAGCUCUCCUUCUCACCUCCCAAAUCUCAACAAUGUGCUGGGAGAUCUGGUAUCAUUACACGUGCGGCCAUAUCAAAUCAGGUGAAGCGUUUCAGGAACGCUACGAGCAUUGCGACGACUGGACUGCAGGACAAGAAGAGGAAAGCUGUCCUAACUUUGACCCAAACCAAGAGCACGAGUCUCGAGACGAAGAUCGAAAGUGCCCAGAGUGCCAGUACAUGACUCCGCCAAGUUCGGCCGAGCCGUCAUCUGAAGAAGACGGAGGAGAAGAAGAAGAAGAAGAAGCAAGUUAGAGAUCUCGAAAUGACACCCGACACGGAAUCCCAACAAUCGCCUAGUCAAGCCAACCCACCGAAAGGAGAUGGCAUGGUUCCAGAUGCGGCUAUUCGCAUUGCUGUACGGAGUCAAUCACACCGAAUCCCCGGAGAGCGUGGCGAGCGAGUGAAAACAAUGGGGAACCU